AUGGCCACGCCAAACCGUGUCCAAGCUCCGAAUCGGAAGCGAAGACGGAGAAGGAGGCAGGACAAACCGUCAAUAUCGGCGCGACUGGUCUUGGACGAUCAUGUAAAAGGGGAUAUUGGCAUCUUGUCCGACGACCUGUUCGCGGAUCUGUUCCCGCACUUACAACAUGAGUCAACCGAAGUCGAGAACCCCAGCCGUACCCCCGACCUUCAUCAUGUUGCCAUUGCGCCGUGGGCCCCCAACGCGAGCCGUCAUCAGACGAACUGGACCAUAGUACCCAUUGCCAAGUCGACCGCCCUUGCACACUCGACCCUUCAGUUCUCCCCGUCCUCGUUAGCCCUGCAGAGCUUUGCGACGACAUUGCAGCAGAUUGCCCCGUCCAAGAUGUCUAGCCAUAGCAGAAGUGGUAUCGAGAUACAUGUGCUUGACGUGGCUGCUUUGGCUUUGGAUACCGUCUUUGUCAACCUUGAAAGUGACCUCGUGAAGAGAUUGGAGAACGGAGAAGGAACUUUCUUCAGAGACCAUCCUCCCGGCAAAGGGAAAGGAGUAGCUGCCCGUGACACUCCUGCUGACCGCCUUGCCGCUGCACUACGUGUCGCUCUAGGCACGCUUAAGGUUGUCCACACUGGAGAUCUAUUUCCCCUGCCACUGGCACCACAUCCCAUCACGCAUGUCCCUUCUGCGCCCGGGAAGGUGGCUUUAUGCGAACCCGUGGCCCAGGGCGUUCUGGUCCCGAGUACCAAGAUUAUCUUGACGAGAGGCCAUGCUCAGUCUAAGCAGGAUCGUACUUCUAUGGCCCCGGUCAAAGCUCUCAACGGAGCGGAUCAGGACGAUGAAGAUACUGCAAAUGACCAAUUCUACUCUGCUGCUGAAGAGCGCUACAAGACCGAUGCGCCAAACGACGCAUCGGACUUUGCGACGGAAACCGAGACCGAGGUUUCCGAACUUGAGAACGAAGAUGAUCUCUCGGAUGAUUCGAUGGAUGACAUGAUAUCUCUUCAGGCACCUGCCUUGCCUGCUACAAAUGCAAGCGGUGUCUCUACACUACAGCCAGGGACACCGAUGACCAUUGGGCGCGGCAGGAGAACAAACGGCAUAAAUACACCUGGAUCUGUCUUCUCUAGCUUCACCGCAACCACUGCUCGCCCUGAUCGUCCAAAGGGUCGCCUAUUCAAAGCCAACGGCCUUAUGAGCCCCAUCCCCUCUGACUUGCUCCACCCCAAGCCAAAUGCUGAGGACGACGAAGAGGCGCGUGUGUAUGUCGACAUUGCCUCGUUGACCCGGAUAGGGUGCUUCUCUGGGGACUGGGUCCGCAUCGAGGCAGCCGAGGAACCGCCUACUAAUGGCAUUGGUCUGUUUGGUCUUGGGAGUUUUGGGCAACCUGAAGAAGAGCCUAUGUGGCGGCCAGCCAAGGUCUACGGCCUGCCUGAGGGCUACUCCCGUCGGCCGAUGACCAGAAUCCCAAGCUCCAAGCGUGAAGUCGGUGGCCGGCGAUUGUCCUUCUUCGAUUCUCAGAUCCAAAAGCCUUCAGGGCCCGGCGCAUUCAUGUCACCCCUUUUGCUUGCCAACUUGGAGAACACGCCUUAUGUUCGCCUGUCACCUCUGAAGAGAUCGGCAUAUCCCACGAGGCCGGGCCAAGCAAAGAUCACUGGCUCGUCUCACCCUCCGUAUGCCCGUGAUAUCACCAUUCAGCAGAUACGAACGCCAAUGUCAUCGGAGAAGGCACUUCAGACAGCUAUUUUAGGCGGUCUGAAAAGUCAUUUCGCCCGAGGCACGCGCGUGGUCCAGUCCGGCGAUCUUAUCGGCAUACCAAUCGACACGCGGUUAGGGAGAACGCUCCAAGAGGCGGCUGGCUCAAAUGAUGGACUUGCGGUUGACGACCUGCUAGCAAUCGCAGCCUCGAGCAAGUCUACUAGCGGAGGAGACAGAUCCAAGCCAGAUUCCCUGGCUUGGUUCAAGAUUGCCCAUGUUGUGAGGCAGAAACCGGAAGCCGCAGAAGAUGAGGAAGAUGAGGACAUAUGGGGAGGCGUUGCAUGUGUUGAAACCUCAUCAACCCAGAUCGCUCAGUCUGGCAGCAGCAUAAGUUCUCUCCCAGGCACGAAGGACAGCAACUGGCAAUUUUACCUUGGUAUUGAAGACAUGCCCCAACCUAUAUCCGGCACGCUGGCCCCGACAGCCCAGCAACCGCCGCAAAGAUUCACAUCACCUCUCAGAAGGCGGUUGAGAGAGCUCAUGGCAGCUGCCACUAGCAAGCGGGCUGUCCAUCUGAAGAUGCCUCCUAUAGCAGUGCUCCUCGUUUCGACACAACGCAAUAUUGGAAAAGCAACGGUAGCAGCUGGUGCCUGCUCGGAUAUCGGCCUUCAUACGUUCACUAUCGAUGCCUACGAUAUUGUCAAUGAAAGUGGGGCUGGAGGCAGUGACAUGAAGACCGAAGGUUUCCUGAAAGCUCGCGCAGACCGCGCCAUGAGCUGUGGACCAGAAUGCUGCGCCCUACUCAUUCGACAUGUCGAAGCACUUACCGCGGACCGGAUGGUCACGGCGAUGAAGGAGGUCCUUGCCGAUGCCAGAGUACUGGUCGCGACCACGACCGAAGUUGACAAGGUGCCAGACGGAGUGCGGGGGCUGUUUACGCAUGAGCUCGAGAUGAGUGCCCCUGACGAGGGUGAGCGUGAGGGCAUUUUGCGCACCAUCAUAGAAGGCCGGGGCGUAUCCCUGGCCCCUGAAGUGGAGUUGAGCGGUGUUGCCAUCAAGACCGCAGCCCUUGUUGCCGGCGACCUGGUUGACGUCGUGGAGAGGGCGAUGGUCGCACGAGAUACACGCCUUGAAUGCCUGUCAACGAAAGCCUCGGAUGAAAACUCUGAAAUCACGGUUCGUGACAUUCAAGUGGCGGGCGGGUCAUCGGCGAGGUGCUUAACUAAGCUUGAUUUCGACAUCGCUGUGGACGCCGCGAGGAAGAACUUUGCAGACGCCAUUGGCGCACCGAAGAUCCCCAAUGUUACGUGGGAUGAUGUCGGUGGCCUUAAUAACGUCAAGGAGGCAGUCAUGGAAACCAUCCAACUGCCUCUCGAGAGACCUGAGUUGUUCGCCAAGGGAAUGAAGAAGCGCUCCGGUAUUCUAUUCUAUGGACCUCCGGGCACGGGCAAGACUCUCUUGGCCAAGGCUAUCGCGACGGAGUACAGCUUGAACUUCUUCAGCGUCAAGGGUCCGGAACUGCUCAACAUGUAUAUUGGAGAAUCUGAGGCGAAUGUCCGCCGAGUCUUUCAGCGCGCUCGGGAUGCCCGGCCCUGCGUCGUCUUUUUUGACGAGCUUGACUCCGUUGCUCCGAAACGAGGAAACCAGGGAGACAGUGGAGGCGUCAUGGACCGAAUCGUGUCGCAGCUCUUGGCCGAACUGGACGGCAUGUCUGGCGGCGAUGAUGGUGGAGGAGGCGUCUUUGUCAUUGGCGCAACGAACCGGCCGGACCUGCUUGACCAGGCUCUGCUGCGUCCCGGGCGAUUCGACAAGAUGCUGUACCUGGGAGUUUCCGACACACACGGCAAGCAACUCACGAUCAUGGAAGCCCUGACGAGAAAAUUCACCCUCCAUCCCUCCGUCUCGCUGCCCAGCGUGGCCGAACAUCUGCCCUUCACCUACACGGGCGCGGACUUCUACGCGCUGUGCAGCGACGCCAUGCUCAAGGCCGUGACACGGCAGGCCUCCUUAGUCGACGCCAAGAUCCGGGCCCUGAACGCCGACCCCGGGGCGACGGGUCGGCACCCCGUCUCAGUCGCCAACUUCUUCGACCACCACGCCGCGCCCGAGGACAUCGCCGUCAUGGUGACGGAGCAGGACUUCCUCGACGCCAACCGCGAGCUCAUCCCCAGCGUCAGCGCCGGCGAGCUGGCGCACUACGAGAAGGUGCGCGCUACCUUUGAGGGCGGCCGGGGAGAGCGGAAACAAGAGCAGGGCCAGGCCGCGAGGACGACGCCCGUGUCCGCAGCUGCGUCCACGCCCAACCCCAUGGCUGAGGGCGCAAGGCCGUCGUCGAAAGCCGGGAAGGGAAAGGGUAAGGCUGUGGCGGUGGGAAAGGGGAAGGGCAAGGCCGUGGCCCCGGGCAGCGAUGGGGAGGACGACGGGGAUGAAUAUGCGAGUUAUGGCAGUGUGAAUGGGAGGGCCAAGGGGAAGGGCAAGGCGGUCGCUCGGUUCCAGGAUGGGACUGCGAGUGACGACGAUGGACUGUAUGAAGGUUAG